GAACAUUAUUUUGUUAAAUUAAACAAUGCAAUGUAAUAAUUACACGUUAACAAUAAUCACAAAAUUUGUCGCUUUUUUGAAACCAGAAAUUGUCACAACUCCAGCGAAUGGAGGCCGCUUCGAGUGACAAAAAUGGCGGCAUUAAAUGCAAGGUUUGCAAAAGUGAGUUUUCAAACAAAAGGCAAUUCCUCGAACAUCUGAAGGAGAAUCCGAAGUGCGAAAAGUUCACUUGUGACGAGUGUCGGAAACAGUUUACUCGUAUCUCCAGUUUGAAAGCACACAAGUUAAUCAUACAUUCAAACGAAAAGAAAUUCAAAUGCGAAGAAUGUGAUUUUUCUACCGGACAUAAAUCAAGUUUGAGAAAACACAAAAAUAAACACUCAAAAACAGAAGUUUAUAAAUGUAGCUAUUGUAAAUUUUCAACUAUAUGGAAAGACAGUUUAAACGACCAUUUUUUGUUAAAACAUUCGAAAGAACCGAAUAUUACUGAAAAACUUCCGCCGAGAUUUCUGGAUUUGGAAAAAUAUCAAUGCAAAGUUUGCUCGAAAUUAUUUUCUACUCCAUUUGCUUUAAAACGUCACGAGAGAAAACAUACGGGAGAAAAACCCUUUCAGUGUGAUUAUUGUUUUCGAAAAUUUACACGACAAGAGAACUUAAAUCAACACAAGCGAAUAAUUCAUUCAAUAGUAGAAAAACAGUUUUCCUCUCAGCAAAUUACAGGAGAAGGUACAUCAAAAUCUUUUAAAAUGUCGGAACAGAGUGAGAUGCACUCUUCUGCCGAAAUCUCAGCAACGAGUUCGAUACAAGAGGAACACCUUAAAACAAACGAGAAAGAUAAAACUUUGCAAUUUUCUGAAAAAUUAUGGCAAUGUCAUCAAUGUCGCUUUACUACAAACUCCGAGAAGGAAUGGUUCCAACAUAAACAGACACACGUCGAUGAAGCCCCAUGCACAUCAAAGGAACAGGAAGAAACAGAUCCAGAAGUGUUCAGAGCAUCCGAAAUUCUCGUGGACAUGAGAAAGAAAAGAUUGGAAAUGAUGAAUGAUAAAAAGAAAAGUCCUGAUCUCGAUACACCGCCAAGUUCACAUUAACAUGCGAAUAUUUAAUAUUGAUGUUAUCUAAACUUUUUUUUUUUUUUUCAAAACUGCAAAAAGAGAUUUUCAAAAUGGAAUACUUUCAUGCGAAAUUCAUACGAUUGGUUUCUAAGUUUUAAUUUUCGAAGAAUU